AUGGGUUUCCUGGGCGUCUACACGGCUGUGUAUGAUUACCAGCCUCAGGGUGAAGGCGAACUGGAAAUUCACGAGGGCGAUCUGCUUUACAUCAUAGAGAAGAAUGCCGAGGAUGAUUGGUGGAAGGCCAAGAAAAAGGCAGAGCCAGACGACGAAGACGAGCCUGAAGGUCUAGUUCCGAACAACUACGUCGAAAAGGCGCAACCGAUCCACAACGCCAAGGCUCUUUUCGACUAUACUCGGCAAACAGACGAGGAGGUUUCUUUCUCAGAAGAUGCUGACGUGCUCGUUUAUGACACUUCGGAUCCGGACUGGACCCUGGUUGGGACUGACGGGGACUGUGGAUUUGCACCUUCAAAUUACAUUGAAAUCCUCGAGGAUAUUGCGCCCACUGCUCAGGCCGUGGCUCCCUCUCCUGCCCCAGUCGCAGAGCCCGAAUACGAACCCGAAGCUCCGUCUCUCCCGCAGCGGCCGACGCAGGCUUCCUCGGAAGAGUAUGACGCGUCACCCUCGGCGUCCCCUAUCAAUACGGUGCAGAACCCCGCCGCAGCCGCCAUUGCGGAUAUUAUUCACAAGCAGCAUGCACCCGCGAGCGCGCAAGUAAAGCCCACCAGAGAUGAACCUCCGCCUCCUCGGCUCCCAACGCGACCUUCGUACGAUGAAGACGAAGAAGAACCCCCCUGCGCCUGCUCUGCCGCGCCGACCCCCGUCCGAACAGUUAGAGAAUUGGGCUACCCCUCCUCUGCAAUCGCGCUCGGCUGGUGCCUCCCCGCCCCGGCGUACCCAGGCGGCAGCUCUUUCGAUGGGGCUGGCGAAAUGACACCGCGGUCUCCCUCGGGCUACCACAUGUACAACAUCAAUGAAAUGGUCGAGGUGAUGGGCAAGCGGAAGAAGAUGCCAACAACGUUGGGUAUCAAUAUGGUCACCGGAAUCAUCUUCAUCUCUCCCGAGGGCGAUGAUCGCCAGCAAGAAUGGACUGCGGACAAGCUCACUCAUUACUCAAUUGAAGGUAAGCAUGUCUUCGUCGACCUUGUUCGACCUAGCAAGAGCGUGGAUUUCCAUGCUGGAGCCAAGGAUACUGCCCAGGAGAUUGUGGCCGCACUUGGCGACAUCGCCGGAGCCUAUCGGGCCGAAGGGUUACGAGAGGUUCUUGCCGCUGGAAAAGGAGGCGGUGGCCAGAAGAAAGGCACCAUUUUGUAUGACUUCACGGCACAGGGCGAUGAUGAGGUGACGGUGGACGUGGGUGAUGAAGUUGUUGUUGUCGAUGAUACCAAGUCCGAAGAGUGGUGGAUGGUGCGGCGGAUGAAGAACGGCAAAGAAGGAGUGGUCCCCAGCAGCUACGUUGAAGUGACUGGGUUUGUAAGUCUGGAGCCGUCUGGGGUGGAAUCUGGUCUAUCAACAGUGGAAAAGAACCGUUUGGAGGAAAAGCGACUGGCUAAAGCAGCCCUUGGGAAGCCUAGGACGGACUCUAUGGAUUCUACCGACCGCCACUCAAAGCGCGAGAGCAAGUCAAAGUCCAAACCUGACCCGAGCAAGGUGAGGAAAUGGACCGAUCGGUCAAAGGCUUUCACGGUUGAGGCACAGUUCAUCGGCCUUCAAGACGGCAAGAUCCAUCUGCAUAAGGUCAACGGAAUCAAGAUUGCGGUCCCAGUGGCGAAGAUGUCUGUUGACGAUCUGGAGUAUGUGGAGAAGGUUGCCGGUGUGUCUCUGGACGAGGACAAGCCUCUGUCGAGCAUUCGUGCCCGGGCUACCUCCGACGGCAAACGCGGCUCUGCAGGCGCGUCUGUGCAGCGCCCCGAGUACGACUGGUUCGAUUUCUUCCUCAAAGCUGGCGUCGGACCGCACCAAUGUGAGCGCUACGCCCAGAACUUCCUGAAGGAUUCCAUGGAUGAAUCCGUCUUGCCUGACAUUUCCCCCGAGACCCUUCGCACUUUGGGCUUGAAGGAGGGCGAUAUUCUCCGAGUCAUGCGACACCUGGACACCAUUUUUGGCCGCACCGGUGCCAAAAAUAAACUUCGGAAUGUAAGCUUUGGUGGAGAGGAGGUUAUUGAGGACGGCCAAGGUGGACUUUUCGCUGGACCUGGUGGUACACUGCGCAACAAUACUCGAAAGGGUAGACCGGCUCCAGCCGUCCAGGCGGGUGACGUUGUUGAUCCCAAAGCCUUUGAACAGGCCGAUGAGUCUCAGACAAAGGAAGAGCGAGCCGCUAGUCCUGCAGCAGCAGUUGCACCUGAGAAGCCUGUCGCGCGUGGAUUUGACGAUGAUGCAUGGGAAGUGAAGCAACCUAAGACCACGGCUGCUGCGCCGAUCAAUUCCACUCCCUCUGGGACUGCCUCCUCGCCGCCUGUCAUCCAGAAGCAGGUCACGGGUGCAAUGGCUGACUUGUCCUUGCUUCAAGCUCCGCUCCAGCCUAUACCUGCGCAGCAGACUGCCACACAGCCAGUCUCCACCAUUCCCGCCCUUCAACCACAGCAAACUGCUGCGCAGACUCCGCCGGUGCAGCCCCAGCAGACUGGUGCUACCCCUGGCUUCUUCAAUCAAAUAGCACAGCAACAGCCUCAGGGCUUUAGUCCUCAGCAGACUGGAUUCCAACAGUCACAGGUUAGACAGCGCCCUCAGGCGCCACAGAAUAUUAACCAGAAUUCGCUUCUUCCCCCACCUCCGCAGCGCCCACUGUCGGCGCCACAGAAUUUUUCACAGCAACAGAAUUCGUUUGGACCUCCUCCAUUGCAGCCACAAUUGACAGGACUUCCUCAGGCAGGGCCGCCAAUCGCUGCUCCGGGGCAGAGCUUGACCGAAUUGGUUCAGCAGCGUAUGCAGCCCCAAAUGACAGGCUUCAUCGGUCAACCUCAGCUACAGAACGGGUUGAUGCCCCAGCCGACUGGCUUUAUUCCCCAAUCGCAAUUCGGGAUCCAGCAGCAGCAGCAGCAGCCGCUUCCCUAUGCUACUGGCCAGCCAGGACUGUACGCAGGGUUCCAAGGAAUUGCUCCGCAGCAAACUGGCUUUGGCGGGUACUCUCAUCCCCAGCGGCCGAUGCAGAUCGGUAUCAACUCUAUGCUUCCCCCCCGCUUUGCAGCCUCAGCCGACUGGCGCCAACGGCAACCCACGGCCACGCCUCUGUCGCCUCAGAAGACAGGUCCUCCUCCGUCUGUCAGAUUUGGUGUCAAGUCAGAUGCUCCGAAAAAGCUUGCUCCACAGCCAACGGGAAUGAGGGCCAAUCUGUCCCAAGCUACGCCCACAAACCCCUUCGGUUUUUAA